AUGUCUUCCCCAGUAUCCGUCAAAACAUCACUCGCUGUCAACAAAAUAUAUCAUCUCGCAGUCUGUCUCUUCCCCGAAGUGACAACUCUCGACUAUCAGGGACCCAUCGAACUUCUUGGGGGCUUUUCCACUGAUCUCCGGGCAAAACCUGACUCGCAUCUUCAGUAUUUCAAGCAGCACCUUCCCUCUUUUGCCAUUGAUGUGGAAUACCUCUCUCAUUCUGAGGAACCCAUUACGCCCUCCGCUGGACCUAAAGUGCUGCCGACAGGAACUUACGAAGGUAUAAUGAAGGCGGGGAAACAGUUUGAUAUAUUGCUUAUUCCGGGAGGUCCGACUGCUAGCCCUGUUCAUGUUCAUCCUUCGUUGUUACAAUUUCUGAAACAACAAGCCCCUGGAGCAAAACACAUCCUUACUAUAUGCACUGGAUCAUGGAUACUCGCUGGAACUGGGUUACUGGAUGGAAAGAAAGCUACCACCAAUAAAAUGAUGUACAAGAUCGUCACGGAAAGUACGAAGGACUUGAACAUUACCUGGAUUCCGAAGGCUCGGUAUGUAGUGAACGACGACAAGAAGAUUUGGACUAGCUCCGGCGUCACGGCUGGCAUGGAUUUAGCUCACGCUUUCCUUGAACAUCUUGCUGGACGGGACACCGCAAACUCGUUGGGCAUCGUGAUGGAGAUGAGCUAUAAGCAGGAAGGAGAUGACGCUUUUGCGGCAGUGCAUGGAUUGGCUUAA